AUGGAUGUCUCCCACAUCCCCGGAGCAGACAAUGAAGAGGCAGACGCUUUGAGUUCAAUCCGAUCGACCUGUGCAGAAGACCAUAUCAUGAUGGAGCCUGCCGAGAUCGACGUGCUAAAAGCAUUUCUACAUCCUGAAGUGGUGAUGUUUGAGUUUGGAGCAGGAGGCUCCACGGUGGCCUUUUCUGAGUUGGUCAAAGAGCUCUAUGUGGCGGAGCACAACCCCAGUUGGGCCCAAGAGGUGAAGGAGCGCUGUGAUGCUCGCGGCAUCCGGAAUGUGCACUUGCUCUCCGCCCUGCCCAAUCGGAGCGCCUUGGAGCAAAUGGGCGCCACCGACUGCGGAAUUCUUCGGCCUCAGCUGGUUUUUGACAAGGCAGACCCCUUGCGCAAGACUUAUGGGCCCAAUCUCGAUCCCAAAUGGCGAGAUGCUUCUCCCGCGCAGCGGGAGGCCGUUUUCAAGGACUACUUGAAGUUGAUCCAAGAGGCGAAUCAGUCUCGCUUCGAUGUGGUUUUAAUCGAUGGACGCGUACGUGGUGAAUGUGCACUCGCUGCUUUGCCUUAUGUAGAUGAGAGAUCAGUGGUCAUCAUUCACGACUGGUUCUUGGAGGAGUGGGGUUAUGAAUUUCGACCUGAUGGCACACAGGAUUUGUCCAAACCUGUGAAAGUUGCUCCACGUGGCACGCUGAAGAGCUAUCGUCGAGUUCUCGAUUUUUAUGACAUUCUGUGUAGAGUUUCCCCUGAGACACACCCCGUGCGCUGUAGCUGUGCUGGCUUGGUGGUCUUGCGCAAGAAGAUGCAAUCAAGUGCAUGA